GGUGGACAUCCCUGAUCUACAGGGACAAAGACAUCCUGAGACAGAAAGUAGUGCUGCAGGUCAAAGAACCGUUUCCAUCCUGGGCCACAGCUCUCCUGGUUUUUCUGCUUCUUGUUCUGGUUGUUUCUGCGGUUCUUUUAUUUAAUUUCUGGCAUCAUAUCAUGUCAUUCAUUCCGGUGGUGGUGGAGGGGGCGGAGUCUGUCCAGCUGCCCUUCAAAACCACAAAAAACCUGCCUGAAGAUGUUAAAGUGUUGUGGGAACGUUAUGACCCCAGAAUGAAGGCCCAUGUGUAUCACAACGGCUCGGACCUGACUGAAGAACAGAGCGAGGUUUACAGAGGCCGGACGAGGAUGAAGGGAGACCCACUGAGAACUGGAGACCUCAGUGUGACUGUGGAACAGCCCACAGCGAGAGAUGGUGGGGAGUACAAGUGUUUGGUCUGGAGGAGGGGAGACUUCAUCAGAAAGAAAACCGUGAGGCUCAGAGUCAAAGGGAGAGUUCAGGUCCAGGAUGAAACUGCUGAUGAGCAGCUCUGACAUGAACCAUCACUCCUCCACGUCCAGCACUGUGGUGAAAGCUUUGGAUUGUAAACAGCCUUUCAGUCACGUAUCAGCUUCCUGUCACACACGAGGACUUCCUGUUAAGGUCAAAAGUUCAUCUAUCAGCAGCUUGUGCAUCAUAAAACUCCCCACGAGUGUUUCAGAGGAUGAUGAUUCUCGAUGGUGGUCUUUUCAGAUCUCAGUGUUUGGGCCUAAAAUCACAGGUAUGACACAUAAUGAUGGACAGCAGCACCACUGCAGUAUCAGCGGUGCUGGUUAUUCAUGUGUGUACUUUAAAGGAAGGAAUGAGGAGCAGCAUGAGAGUAAGCUCCAUGUGUGCACUUUCAGAGAGGAUGUGGCUUCAUCAGAUGCACAAAUCAGCAGUUGCACAUAAGCUUUAUUAGCAGAGCCUGUCGCUGGGCUUUCCUCUCUAUUUAAACUUGAAUCAGUCUUUUGCAAUAACUUGAACAUGUUGGUGCUCACAGUCAGAGCCCUGCGUAUAUCAGUGAGUUACUGCAACCAUACGUAACGUCUGGCUCUCUGAGGUCAGCUGAUCAGUGCUUGUUGGCUGUCAAAGCUGUGGAUCCAAUGAAGAAUAUACUGAUGAUGGGAUUUCUAUUUAUUAUAAAGUGAUAAAGCUUUAUUACAUUUAAUAAAAGCAUGUGAAGAGUGAAAGGAUGGAGGAACAGAGGAAGUGUUGCAGUCUGUUUACAUAUUUAGGGACAACAAUCGUGCCAAUGACAGAAUAUGUUUCUAAUUAUGGAAGAAAUCUCUAUUAAUAAUAGAUGGUGCACGCCUGAUUCACUGACUGUUGCAAUCACUGUUUUCAUGUAUCAAUAUGGAUUUAUUAAUACGGUUAUUUUAUCCUUUUUUUUAAAUAUAUGUUGCAAAAACAUAAAAUUAAGUCAGUUGACCUUUUUUCUUUACAUCUGUUACACGGGGUGAGUGUUCCCACUUUAAAGCUUGCAAAACUCCUCUUGUCUUUGUGUUCUUACAGGACAUAAUGACACAAUAAAUAAUUUCUG